AAUGCCAUUGUUUCCAUAGCAACAAAUAUUGUCAACAUUCGAUAUUUUAUUUUUGUAUUAUUCAAUAAAACGUAGUAUUUUCUCGUUGUGAACCACAUAUUAACAAUUCUCUUUGGUUUAUAAUACAUAUAACAAAAUGAUACUAUCCAGAUCUAAGCCAGCGACGGAUAGCCGCGGCAGUACAGGUACCAAUUCUGCAAAGAAGAAUUUUCCAGAGCUAGAAGACUUCAUAGUCAAGAGAGAUUAUGUGGGAGCCCUUGCUAUGCUUGAGUUUCUCAAGCACGAGGGAAACAAAGAGGUAUGGUGCGAGGCCUGGUGCGCGUGGUGCUGGUUCCACCUGGGAGAGUACCGGCGCGCUCUCGACGCGUACCUCAGCGUGAGGGACACUCCCAACCUCACCCCUCGCCUUGCAGAUAAUAUCGAUAUCGAUAUCGCCAUCUGUUACUUUUAUUUGGGAAUGUAUGUGGAGUCUAGAGAAGCUGCUGAAAAGGCUCCCAGAUGCACGCUGAAAAAUCGAUUGCUAUUCCACCUAGCUCAUAAGUUGAGUGACGAGGAAGGUCUAAUGCAGACCCACGCGGCGCUACGAGACGUUCCCGAAGAUCAGCUCAGUCUGGCAUCAGUGCACUACUUACGAGCACAUUACCAAGAGGCCAUCGAUGUUUACAAAAAGUUGUUGUUAGAGAGGAGAUAUAAAAGAUAUGACAAAGAUGAUAAUGAUUGGAUAAAAGUAUUGUCGCACACAAAAGGAAAUUACUUGGCUUUAAACGUCUAUGUAGCGCUUUGCUAUUACAAAUUGGAUUACUACGACGUGUCGCAAGAAGUUCUCGGGGUGUAUUUGGCGCAGCAUCCCACGUCCACUGUCGCUGGAAAUCUCAAGGCUUGCAACUUAUUCAGACUCUAUAAUGGAAAAGCGGCUGAAAAUGAACUAAAACAGAUAUCGUCAGAUCAACACACGUUCGGACAAGAUCUUGUUAAACACAAUCUCGUUGUUUUUAAAAAUGGCGAAGGUGCUUUGAAGGUACUUCCAGAAUUAGUAGACGUGGUACCUGAGGCUCGUCUUAAUCUUGCCGGAUACCGUCUUCGCAACAGGGAGCCUUUGGAAGCCCGUGCCUUAUUAGAACCAUUGCAGCCGACGUCACCCCUGCAUUACAUCCUGCGUGCUGUUGUAGCAGUGAAGCUCUAUAACGAGACGGGUGAUGAAGAACAAAUGAAACUCGCACAACAAAGUUUUCACUUGGUGGGUAGUUCGGCAUCCGAGUGCGACACCAUUCCGGGAAGGCAGUGCAUGGCCUCAUCGUACUUCCUCGCCGGACAUUUCGAAGAAGUACUUGUAUAUCUCAACUCUAUCAAAAGCUUCUUCGACAAUGAUGACACUUUCAACUUUAAUUACGCUCAGGCGAAAGUAGCAACAGGUUUCUACCGUGAAGCUGAAGAGCGUCUCCUGGCGAUUCAAGAUGAGAAUAUACGUAACUCAUUUACGUAUUUAGCGUGUCUUUGCCGAUGCCAUGUUAUGAAUAAGGAUGCGCUGCAUGCUUGGGACAUCUGUGUAAAGUCUGCAGGCACGCCAGACAGUUUCGCUCUACUACAGCUUGUAGCCAAUGACAGCUACCGCAUGGGCCAGUUCUUGGUAGCGGCUAAAGCUUUCCACAUGUUGGAUAGACUCGAUGGUGGUCCGGAGAUGUGGGAGGGACUCAGAGGCGCAGUAUGUGGUUGUGCCCAAGCAGCCGCGGCCAAUAAACCAGGUGCGGCGGCUGAUCUUCGAGAUGCCCUUGCUUUACUAAAAGGACCAAGAGCGCAUCCAAGAGCUGAUCACAUCGUACGCCCUAUAGCUCGAUGGGCGCAGCAAAAUAGGAUACCUGUGUGACCUGUAUACUAAAUAAUUUAAAUUGAACAAGUAUGAAAUAAAAUCAUUUGUCGCAAA